GCACACUAAGAAUAGAUCAUCAACAGAGCUGAGCAGCCAGACCUGUUUCAGUCAGACACACAACAUCUCUCAGUGAAAGUUAAUAAUGGAUCCAUAUCAGAACAAAAGAGACACAACAAACCAGCCGAACCCCAGGAGAAUCACAUCUGGAACAUCUGCAGGUGACCAGACACCUGAUGAUCAGGUCAGAGACGCACCUGACGGCGGGAACCCACCAGCGACAGACAGACAGCCACAGUACUCAAGUGGAUACACCAUGAUCCCACCAAUUGACUCUCGGCGAAGCAAGAUCACAACGAUGGCUCAGAAAGAACUUGAGGAUCUUCAGAGAUGGAAAGAGGCAAACAAACCCCCCGCUGUGCACCUGAAUCCAGAGAAGCUGGGUGGUAAUGCAACGUUGGCUGGAGCCAGGGCGAAGCAGCUCACAGACUUACGUUGCGCCAAACUGCAGAAGACGCUGAAAAAGGAGGAGGAUGACAAGAGGAAGAGACAAGAGGAGGAGGAGGAGAACCAGAAGAUGAAAGAUAAACAGCGGGAGAAGGCAGAGCGCCUGGAGGAGAAGAGGCGACAGGACGACCAGAGGAGGAAGGAGCAGUUCAACCAGGAUCAUGUCAGGAAGACUGAGAGUUUUCUGCAGAGGUUUGAGAAGACCGCCCCAGGUCCACUGGCAUCCAGCGGUGCCACACACACGUCAUGCGGGAGUGAGGCUGCGGAGAGUAAACCGAGAGAGUUGAGAAGUGUGGGAGACUUACAGCUGGACCACAGGAGGGUGAACUCGGCCUUCCUGGACAAUCUCGAGGGUCGAAACAGAGGGAGCGAGAAAGAGAUAAAGGAGGAAGGCGAUUGGGAGAAUCCCUAUUUGGUCCCUGAAGACUUAAGACAGCAGCCGUCCGACCCCCCUGGACAACUGAACCCAGAGCCAGAACAGAGCUCCUACGACUGGACACAGGAAGUUGAGCCUGAAUAUGACUGGGCCUUGAUGAGGCUGAUCAGCAGCUUUCCAGACUACAGCAAAGUCUUUCUAGAGGACAUCCUGGACCAGUGCGACGGAGAUUACCAGCAGGCCUACACACUACUCAUCAGCGCGCUAAAUUAAAUUUGAUGCAUCGUUAAUGGGAGGAAUGUCUUUACCUUAAUAUUGUGUUUGACUCUUUAGAAGUUGGGCAAAGUGAAAAUGUACAGUAUAACCAGUGUUCAUGAUGGUAAAGAAAAGCUAGAAGUUGGUGGUGGAUGAAUGCGGAUAAAUGCUGCCUGCACUACACAGCUGCUUUAAAUAUAUACCUACACAGCAGUAUGUGCUUCCUGUACUCUGUUUUGGAUUAUAUACCAUUAAUCUUUGAGCGUUUGGUGUCUUGUAUCUGUCUGCAUGCACUCGUGAGUCAUGUCGCCCUGACGUGGAGUUGAAUUGAUGUUCGUUUUCACCAGUUUAGUUGAAGGUCAUCGCCAUGACUCAUAAUCUUCAGAUCAUAUUUGGGGAUUUUAAUUAAAUCAGUGUGUGCAGAUGGAAGAAAGCUCAACCCGAAUACAUGAUGCUUUUUGUUUGUCUUAUAAUCAAAGUCGCAUGGGAUGCAUCUAUAGAGGGAUGCAAAUUCUGUAGAAAGGUUGCAGUUUAAAAAAGGCACGGCAGCUUUAGAGGAGUUCAAUAAAACAGCUCUUUGUGAACUUUCUCAGUUUGUGCAUCGUAGCCUUGUUAGCCGUCUCUCUUUCAUCAGGGUGUUAUAUCAACCAGGGUGGGGUUUCCAGGUGGGCAGCGGGCACAGAGCUGCUGUUGAAGCUGGAAAUGCCAGCCUCAUAACAUCAAAGAGCCGGACAGCAGAGAUGGUUAUCACCUGACCGAGCCAACAAAGAACAAAGGGUGGUGCUCUCAACACGGGGGACCAAAAAUCCCCUUCUACUUCGACAUGAAGUCAUGAAGGGAGCGUUUUACUGCUGAUGUCAUCCGGCAAACGUCUGACCUCAAUGUCACUCUGGUAGUUCUGCACUCAUGAAGACCAUAUAACUAA